GAUUCAGAUUCACCAUCAUUUAAUCUUAAUUCUAUAAUCUAAGAUAUUAAAUUUGCAAUAGUUUUUGGUAGAUAACCAAAAAAAGAGUAUACUUUGCAAUUUUGAUGAUCAUUUGUCCCCCGUAUUUUUAAAGUACAACGGUUGGGUUACCGAAUAGGAAUAAUUAGACUUUUUAUCCAUCUUUUUAAAUAAACCCCCCGUGUGAAUAUCAACUAGGAACCGUGGGAUAAUAAACAAUAUAUUAUUUAAAAGUACCCAAAAAAAUAUUAUCACAUGUUAGUACCAGUACAAGUAAAAACCGGAAUUCAUAAUAUCUAUACUUAUUCUAAUAUAAAUAGAACCAUUAUUUUUUGCACUACAUUAUAGUUUUACUAUUUUGAAAAAAUGACAGACUUUUUAAAAUAUUCUUCAUUAAUAAUUUCUACAACAAUAAAACAUUAUCUUAAUGGACCUCCAAGACCUUCAUGGGAUUUAAAAAGUCAUUUAUCUUUUGCAAAGUUUGCAUUUUUAGCCGAUAAUACCAAAACAAUUGAGCAAUUUCAAAGUAUUUCACUUCCUAGUCCUGCAAAAGCUGGCGUGAUUAUAAAUGAAUUUAAGAUAAAUAAUGAUUAUAGAAAUGAAGCACAAGUUCAUCUUGAUAAAAUUUUGAAACCAUAUGAACAUGUUUUAGACCCUGAAUGGAAAAAUUUUAAAGAAGAUGAUGGAAUUUUUGCUGAAUGGGUUCAAGUUUCUAAUGAUGAAUGGGAAAAAAAUGAAGUUAGGAAAACUAUUUUGUAUUUACACGGUGGAGGUUAUUAUUUUCUUUCUAAAGAAUCUUAUCGUCCUAUUACAAGCUCUCUUGCUAAAUUAGCAAAUGCAAGAGUUUUAGCAAUCAAUUAUCGGCUUGCACCUCAAAAUCAAUUUCCUGCCGGAUUACAUGAUGCAUUGGCUGCUUAUUUAUAUCUUUUAAAUCCUCCAAAAGAUGCGGGAUUUGAACCUUUAAAUCCAAAAAAUAUUGUCUUUGCUGGUGAUAGUGCUGGAGGCGGUUUAAGUCUUGCUCUUGGUCUUGCUAUACGUGAUGCUGGUUUGUCAUCAUCGGCUGGUAUUAUCGGUUUGAGCCCAUGGGUUGACCUAACAGUUAGCACGCCUUCAAUAAUAAAUGACGAUUGUGCUGAUUUUGUUCCAAAUCAGAAAAGAGGUAGUGCUGUUAAUUUUGCAGAAUCUCCAGCUAGUAAAGAAUAUAAAGAAAAAGAUGCUGCUCUCGCAGAGAAGAUUAAGAACCAAAAUCUUGGUCCUAAAAUUUGGCAUGAUUCCUUUGAUAGACCUGAGGGAAGAUUACAAUUAUACGUAGCUAAUGAAGGUUUAGCAAUUCCAUAUGUUAGUUCAAUGUUAGCUGAUAGUUUAGGCGAUUUACCUCCUUUAUUAUUGAUUGCGGGAGAUGAUGAAAGAUUACGAGAUGAAUCAAUUUAUUUUGCUCAUAGAUCUGCUGAACCAACUAAAUAUAAGGGUCCAUCUUAUAAUGCUGGUAAAUUUGAAAAAUCUCCAUUCCAAACUCCGACGAAUACUACACUUGAAAUAUAUGAAGAAAUGCCUCACGUGUUCCAAAUGAUGAUGGAACAUGUUUGUUCUACGAAGUCAUAUGAACGUAUUGCUGAAUUCAUAAAUAGGGCGACGAAUAUUCAUAACGAACCUCUUCCUCCUUCUUCUUAUAAUUAUAUAAAUGUUAAAGGAGAAUUUGGUCCUUUAAAGGAACGUCAUGAAAAAGUUUUUAAUUGGGAAAAAAUUGGCAUUGUACCAAGCUAAUUAAACCACACGAAAUGAAUUGAAAUGAAUUCAACUAUUUCACGUAAAUUGUAAGUAAGUUAAUAAUAAAUUUUAAAUUGCGAAAUAAAUAAGAUUAUUUGAAGAUUUCUUUUUAGUACGUCGUGCCGAAACUUUCGUAUAUAUUACUGUAUAUUUCAUUUAUUUUCUUGAUUCAUG